AUGGGGAAGGCAAGCAAAUGGCUUCAGAAGCUCUUGACAAGGAAACGGGAGGACAAAGAGGAGAACAAAGAUACUUCUUUCUCUUUAGAAGACGCGGUUCUUCCAGCAGCGGUUUUUCCUGGAACUCCGAAUCAGAAGCGAAGGUGGAGCUUUGGAAAAUCCGCAGCAAGCACAGAUAACAACAAUCACAAGACUAGUCGAUCUGUCGAUGCCAUAGAUGGUACUAUACUUCCAUUGGACUUGUUGGAAUACCGAAGUGAGCAAAACCAUGAUGCAAACCAGUUAGUGCCGCACAAUGAAGCUAGUUACAGAGUAGUUUCAGCGCGAUUUGCGGCUGCCAAACAAUAUAGAGCUAUUGCGGAUGCUGCUGCAACCAAAAUUCAAGCCUUCUUUCGCGCUCACCUGGCCAGAAAAGCGUUGAAAGCUUUGAAGGGGCUGGUGAAGAUUCAAGCACUAGUUAGAGGACAUUUAGUGAGAAAACAAACAAGUGAGAUGCUAAGAUGCAUGACUGCAUUAAUGUCGAUUCAAGUCAGAGCACGAGUUCAGAGAAUUCAGAUGACUGAGGAUCCACCUAUAGUCGUGAAAAGAAAUUUAAUUCACAGGGAACCAGCACACAAUCAGCUACGAAGAGGACACAGUGAUAAUUUGAAUCUCUCUGAAAGAAGAGGAUCCUCGAGGUGGAAUCAUCAGCAACUACAAACCAGGGAGCAUGAGUUCAGCACAAACUAUUCAGAAAGAAUUUCAGUUUCAAAACAAGAAAAUCAUGGAAGAAUUUCAGUUUCGAAAGAAGAAAGUCAAUUUCAUGUAUACCCGAAUCAGUCACCGCUCACCUAUACAUCUUGUAGUCAAUUUGAGGAAUUGUUCUACGGAACACCAGAUAGAAUAUCCCAGCGGAAGUAUAAGGUGUCGAAUUUUAGCCACAUAAAAGCACCAGAGUCACCUUCAGUAGAUCAAAAAUACAUGGCAAACACCUCUAGGGCAAACCUCAGGUCAUGUAGUGAACCCAAGCAGCGUCCUUUCAAACAAAAGACUGUGCGAUCAACAUCAUUUGGAGGCAUAAACACAACACCAGAUAAUCGAGAUCAAAAUCAAUCUUCAAAUGGGAAAAAGAAACAGCCACCUUGGUCAAUCAAGAGGUACAGAGCUGCAAAGUCUAGCAAGGAUAUUGAGUAUGACUCAAAUCGUAUAGUAACUGGUGAUUCUUCCUACUACAGAACUCCUACGCAUACGAAUAAGUAAUUAAGUAUUUGACACUUCCAUACCAGAAUGUCUGAGACAUCUACAUAAUGCCCGUAAAUGAUACUAAUCCGGACUCUACUUUACCCCAGCCUGCGGUGAACAACUAUCAACACUUUUAUGUUAACGGCUUCAUAUUA